AGGAGACUGCGCCCCCGUCAGCCCCGGCGGCCCCGGCGGCCCCGGCGGCCCCGGCGGCCCCGUCGGCCCCGGGCACAGCUCCGAAGGCAGGCACGGACACAACCCGGGAAUUGCUCGAAGAGUGCAGACGCCGUGGUCUCGACACUACAGGGUGUCACGAUCGGGAGGAUCUCUUGAACCUGUUGAAGGACCCCAUGCCGAAGGUCCAGGACUGGGGCAAGCCGCAAAGCACCAGGCCUCCGCGACCUCCGGCUCCCAAGGCAUUUGUUCAAGCCGUUCGUGCACCGUCAACAGGAUUUCAAACAGAUGCGAAUUCUGAAGCCCAGGUGACCACAGUGUGGGAUCGGCAAUCAGUGCCGCCGAGUUACCGGGUCCACAAGCGCUACGAGGCGCUUUAUCUUCUCGGCUUGGACGUGAGCCGUCUCCCUUCCUCAUCUGAGCUACGCUCUGCGUACCGCAAAGCAGCAAUGGAGUCACACCCAGACCGACAGCAGAAUCACAACUGCCAGGAUGAUGCGAAGAAGCUCUUUCAGAAGGUCAAGGACGCCUUCGAUCUACUGAACGCAGCAGUGAAGUGAGGGGCUUCGUCUUCAGGCAGAGCAGCUAGCUAGAAAGGCGCCAGCUGGUUAAUGAGUUAAUGCAGCACGCUGCCCCAAAGUGAGGCAAGCGAACAAGCAGUGUUGAUUUGUCAAGUUUGGUCAAGUGAGG